AAAUGUGUUAUAAUCGUGUAAAUGGAAAUUAGAAAAAAAGUGCAUGAUUCAUUCUGGAAAUUGGGUGAUUUUUUAAAACAAAAUACAUUUAUCCAUAGCCUCAUAAAAUCUGAAAAUAUUAAACAAAAGUAUCCUCGUGAUAAUUCUAAAAGCUCUAAAUCAGUAACUUACCAAUAUAGUUGGAAAAUUAACAAUGUUAAUACAUCCAUAUGUAAAAAUUUUUUUUUUGAAAACUUUUGGUGUUACUGAUGGUCGGGGUAAAAAAAUCCCUGUGAAUAAGAUUGAUGAUUUAAUGUUAUAGAGCAUAUUAAAUCUUUUCCAGCCUAUCAAAGUCAUUAUAGUCGAAAAGACAAUCCCAAUAGAAAAUGUUUGAAUCCAAACUUGUCAAUUCAUAAAAUGUAUGAAAUGUACGUUGAAAAAUGUACAAAUGAAAAUAAAACACCAGUUAAAGAAAAAAUUUACUACAAAGUUUUCUCCACAAAAUUUUAUUUGCACUUUAAGCCCCCUGUAAAAGAUUCCUGCAGAACAUGCGAUGAAUUAAACUUAAAACUUCUUUCCGAGAAUAAUGAAGAAAUUAAAAGAGACCUCCAAACUCAAACAAAUCUUCACUUAUCAAAAGCUAAACAAGCACGAGACGCCCUAAACAAGAAUAAGGAUGAAGCAUCUGAUACACUUUAUGUAGCCAUAUUUGACCUACAAAAAGCAUUACCAUUCCCAAAGUUAGCACAUCCGUUGCAUACUACAAAAGAAACAUGUAUAUGUAUAAUUUUGGAGUUUAAUUUAUCAAAUGGAUUCAUGUAGAGAUGACACAAAGGGAGGUCGGGGAUCCCAAGACAUUGCAAGUUGUCUCGUAAAGCACCUAAUGAACACGAC